UGUAGGAGAUAUUGGAGAAUGGCAAGAAGAUGGUUCAAUGAAGAUCAUAGAUAGGAAGAAGAACAUCUUCAAGUUGUCUCAAGGUGAAUAUGUUGCUGUCGAAAACCUCGAAAACACUUACUCAAGAUGUCCCCUCAUCGCUCAGAUAUGGAUCUAUGGAAACAGCUUUGAGUCGUUUUUGGUAGGCGUGGUUGUACCUGACAGAAAAGCUAUUGAAGAUUGGGCUAAACUCAAUAACCAAUUUCCCAAUGAUUUUGAAUCUCUAUGUCAAGAUCUCAAAGCUCAAAAAUACUUCUUGGAUGAGCUCAACUCUACUGCAAAGCAAUACCAACUUAAAGGAUUUGAAAUGUUAAAAGCUAUUCAUUUGGAACCAAACCCUUUUGAUAUUGAAAGAGAUCUUAUAACCCCAACUUUCAAGUUGAAAAGGCCACAGCUCCUCCAACAUUACAAGGGCAUAGUUGAUCAACUUUAUUCAGGAGCAAAGAGGUCCAUGGCAUAGACACCGACCGGGCUAUUCAUUUUCUGAUGCUAUUUUGGUUGUAUGAUAUGUUAAAAUUGUGUUCGGAUCCUCUCUAUAUACACUCAUCAAUUGUAGAUUGGAAAAUCUCUAUAUUUUAUAUUAAGCAAAAUUUACUUAUUAUU